UGCUCUUGAAAUGUUUUUUUUAAGAGUUUUAUUUUAUAAUGUUUAUUUUGAUUCUUUUCCUGAUAAAAGUGACUUUAUAAAUUAGUUUGUUUUAGUGCAUAUUUUAUUAGAUACAUUUAAGAUGCCAGUAUUGAGAUUAAAAUGCAUAUUUGUUUACUUCAUGCUAUUGCAAGUUUUAGCCCUUGUUGGCUUUUUUAUGGGCUUUUUUCCAAUCAAAACAUUGCCUAAUAGAAAUGCAUCUCUUGAAGACUUACCAUCUACAUUUAAGGAUAUCAGAAUUAAUCCAAAGGACUUCUAUCAUCGGCAUGUCAAUAGAAUGAUCCUGCUUGUUAUUGAUGGUUUGCGCUAUGAUUUUUUGAAUGGGGAAGAUGCUGAAGAAAAUAUGCCAUUUGUUAGUAGUUUGGUCAAUAAAAGUGGCAAUUGCUUGUUGAAGGUGAGAGUAGAGACCCCAACUGUUACUAUGCCACGUAUAAAGGCCUUGAUGACUGGAAAUAUUCCUGGUUUCUUGGACAUUAUUCGAAAUUUCAAAACUAAUGAAAUUACUGAAGAUAACAUUUUGAGGCAAGCUUCUAAGAAUGGUUUCAUCCCCAUAUUUUAUGGGGAUGAAACUUGGAUCAGCUUAUUCCCUCAUGAGUUCAUAAGGAAGGAAACAACAACUUCUUUCUACGUUAAUGAUUUUUUUGAAGUCGAUGAUAAUGUUACCAGAAAUUUGAAGAAGGAAUUAAAUAGAUCUGAUUGGGACAUGAUGAUUUUGCACUAUCUUGGUUUAGAUCAUAUUGGACACGUAGAAGGCCCAAAAAGUACACACAUCAAACCUAAAUUAAAUGAAAUGGACAAUAUAAUAUCUCUGAUUUUUAAAGAUUUUAUUUUAAAAGGCACAAAUAAAAAUGAUUUGAGCAAUAUUUUAAUUGUCUGUGGCGACCAUGGUAUACAUGAUUCUGGAGGUCAUGGAGGAAGUUCGUUGGCUGAAGUCCUAGUGCCUUUUUUCCUGAUUAAUCACGAUUGCAACACUGAUAUGAGAAAUGAAGAAACAAGUCAAACUGAUAUUACACCUCUCAUUUCUGUUUUAUUGGGUUUACCAAUUCCUGCUGCUAAUUUAGGUAAAUUGGACUACAGAUUACUAAAAAAAAUGGAACCAUUAUCAAAAUUAUAUACCAUGUAUUAUUCAACUCAUAACUUGAAGAAGACAUUUGAUGAUUAUCAUUUUGAUAUUCAUUCUUAUCCAGAUAUAUUAAACAGUCUUCAAGAAGCAGACAAUUUAUUUGAACUAAUAAUUAAAAGUGGUUCUGACAGCAUCAUAGAAAACAAGUUACUAUAUCAUUAUUAUGAAGCCCAGAAAUUUAUGUCUAGUAAAAUGUCUGAACUGAACAUUACUUUUGACUUCUAUUUGAUGUUCAUUAGUUUAAUAUUACUUAUACAGAUUUGGUGGAUUUUGUUGAAAGGAUGUCGACUAGUAUUUACCAAGCCCAGAAUUUUAAUAUCGCUAAUUUGCUUCACUAUAUUGAAUGGUUUCAAGUUGUUUGGAUGCCAUCUUUCAACAGGAUCAUCAUUUGUGUGCUGUGAUGAUAUAACAUCUCAAAUUAUACCUAGCAUAUUAACAGCAGUUUUUUCAUUUAAUAUUCUUUUGAUACCUCCUAUUACAAGAAGAACAAGGGUUUCAUUUGAUGUUGAUCCUCCUUUACUUAUUCUCUUUCUGCUACAUUUACUUAGCUAUACUAGUAGCAGUUAUAUCGAAGAAGAACACCAAUUUUGGUAUUUCUUCCUUACAUCAUUAUUUUUAUACACAAUAAUUUCUAAAGCAGCUUAUAGCUGCAUUGUUCCCUUAUUAGUUCAAAGAUUUCUCAGAAAACUAAAUCAAACAGGCAACAAAUGGGCAUUUAUUCCUGACAUUGGUGAUUGGUUAAAUGAAGAAAAAAAUAUGACUCUUUUACUGAUUGUUUAUAUUUCAGGGCAAUUGGUUAUAAUAUAUUGGUUUUUAAAGCACAUGAUUGAAAAGAAUGUUAGAAAAUGGCUCUUGUUUCUUGAAAUAAUUUUGUUUUUAUUUCAAAUACUUGUUAUAACAUUAUAUAGGUUUUCAAUUGGAGAUUUGAGUUUCCUGGCAUCACCAUUGCUGGAAUCAAGAGGAAUUACUGAGGUUAAGCUAUUUUGGAGUAUUUUAUCCAUUCAAAUUGUUCUAUAUAUCACAUCAAUCAAUUGUAAAGAUUCCAAAAAUAAGUUCAUGCUAAAUAUAAUUGAAAUUAUUCUUGUUCUAACUGUGGAGAUAAUCUCAUUACUCCAUAAGCCUCAUAACAUUGUGCUCAUUUCCGGGAUGUUGAUUUUUCAAGAUAUUCUAGAAAAAUAUUAUAUAAAUAAUGUUUAUUAUAAAAUGUUUUUUUAUCAAAGUUUAGGAAUGGUAUUUUAUUUUUAUCAGGGAAAUUCUAAUGGUUUGGCUUCGAUUGAUAUUACUGCAGGAUUUGUUGGAUUAGAAGAAUUCAGUUUAGUUAUAUCUGGUCUCUUUGUCUUUUUGAAUACUUUUUCUGCAAUCAUAUUAUCCAAUAUUUUGCUUCUGAGGAACAUAUAUUUAUUUAAAAGUUAUGAAGCCAAAAGAAGAAAAGAACAAUAUUGGAUCUUUUAUAAAGAGAAUCUUCAUCCACCACUCUUUUACAAUGAAGAACUAGAAUAUUAUUGGUUUAUUCCAUUUGUUUCUUGCUCCUAUGCUAUUUUCUACACAACUUACAUUGUUCUUCAAAGGCACCAUUUAUUUUUGUGGAGUGUUUUCUGCCCUAAAUUAUUAUAUCUUAGUUGUGAAAUAUUACUUUACUGUGUUAUUAUUUUUUUACUAUUUGUUAUUGAAUUAUCGUACAUUGCUAUAUCUCAUUUGGUUCAGUUUUAUGAAAGGGUUUAUUAAGUUUUUAUACGUUACCAUUAUCCAACAAAUGAUUAUAUAUUAUUAUUUGUUGUAAAAUAUUUAAUUAUUUAAUUUUGUUUUAUUUUUUAGUCACAUGAACUAGUUGAAAAACUGUAUAAUUCCUGUUCCUCAUAUUUAGACUUAUUUGUAUUAUAUAUGUGAAAGUUUUCAAUACGCAAAAACUCACCUCGUUACUCCCCAGAAAAGGAGGUGAUCAAUUAAUUUCAUAUUUUAAUUUGUCUCUUCUGUUAUUUUAAAAAUUUAUGUUAGUGGUAAUUAUGCCAUAGAAUACCUGUAUAUAAAUAUUUAAAUUCCAAUUUUGUAUUAUUUGUAUUAAAAGACUGAUUAACCAUUCAGGAUUAAAUAUCUUUGGAACAUUUAUUUGUUUUCCAUUUUUAAAUUUUAAUUUAUUUCUAUGAAUUCUCUUUAUUUUAAUACCUUUUCCUUUUUUGUGUUUUAAUUAUAUGAAAUUCUAUUGGUACCUAUCUCACUUUCAUAAUUAAAUUGAUUGAGUUGUCAAUGUACAUAUAGCCACACAUUCUUAAUAGUUGAUUGGUGUUCCUUGAAUAUUUCAUACAAUGACUGUUGCAAUAAAUGAUCCGUAAGAAGUUUAGAAAUGUUUACACCAAAUCAAAUUGAUCAUACAAUCAACUUUAAAAAAAAGAAAAAAAUCAGAACAUGUUCCAGAUUAAAAAAAAUAAGGAGUCUAGAGCUUACUGAUAUAGAAAAUCAUCAUGAAAGUAAUAUAAAGCAAUAUUUUAUUGAUAAUAUAAACAUUGCAUUAAACAAACAAGAAUGACAGGAAACAUUACUGCUGGAAAGUAGGUUAAAACAUAAUUUUAAACUUGAUACAGGAGCAAUGGCCAAUAUAAUUAGUGUCAAAGUCAUUAUAGAGUCAAUCAUUGAGAGAAAGUCUUUAAACAGAAUGAAACAAAGGCUGACAACUUAUAAGUUACUUUAUAAUUUUAAUCAGUUAAUAAUAAAAAGUUAAAAAUUGAAAAAAAAAACAGAAAAAAAAUUAAGAACGAUCUAAUAAUUUAUAUACAUAUUUACAGUAGUAUCUAUUUACAAUUUUAUGGGAACUAGAUGGAUAAAAAAUGAUUGAACAGGCGGAAUUUAAAUGUAGGAAGGGUAUUGGAUUGACAGAUGUAGGAAGGGAUGAGGAUCGGAUAAUGAUCAGAUCUUUAUCUGUCGGUCCUUGUCUAUAAAUCUGAAGACCUGGAACAAAAUGAGGAUUUGAAUUGAAGGAGCUCGGAAAUGUAUGAAGGACGGUGGGAUGGGAUGACUUGAAAGAGGAAGGAUGCUAGGAAAUACUUACGACGGUAGGAAGGAUAAGGCCACUUCAACUCUGCAUAAAAACGGGAAAUAGAGGCAUCCCUUGGGAUCCCAAAGAUGAAUUGUAUAAAGCAAUUUAUCUAACGUUUUAGUUUCGCCUCAAGAUUCCCAGAGACGUCCCCAUAUACCAUACAGCAAUAGUCAAAGUGGGGAAAUAUUAAGGAAUUGACUAAGAGCCUACGGGUUUCAAGAGUAAAUAGGUGACAGAAGUAAUUUAGAAAAAUUACUAAAAAACUACAAAAAAAAAAUACAGUAAUUUAAAAAAUAAUCUGUAAAUAAUAAAGAUAGACACUUCUCAAGAAUAAUUAUAAUUGUAGUGGGAAGGAAAAAAAUAUAUAAACAUAUACAUAAAAAGAAAAAACAAAACCUGGAAAGAAGAACAAAGAGCAAAAGUAAGUGAGG